CUACCACGUCAUCGAUCCAAGUGACCUACUCCAUAAUAGAACCUCAACCGUAGGAUCAUCAUUCAUUUGGUGAUUCCUAGCCGUCCAUAUUCUGGUAAAGAUGAACAAGAGAAGGUUGAAGAAAGAGCUCAGUGGGUAGGGUGAAGAAACUGCACUAGCUUUGUUUGGAGCUUCUUCACCACCUUCAACUUCAAUGGCACCUGAAGAGGUUAAUAAACCUCCAUCACUUCCUCCAUACCCUGAGAUGAUAGUGAAAGCACUGGAAUCCCUGGAUGAAAGCGGUGGAUCCAACAAAUCAGCGAUAUCGAAGUACAUAGAAUCAACUUAUGGUGAGUUGCCAGAAGAUCAUUCAGAUCUUCUCUUACUUCACCUCAACAAGAUGAAAGAUAGUGGGGAGCUUGUGUUCUGGAAGAACAACUACAUGAAACCUGACCCAAAUGCCCCACCAAGGAGGGGCCGUGGAAGACCACCCAAACCAAAGGAUCCUAUGCCUCCAAGCACAGUUUUGUCACCACCAAGGCCAAGGGGUCGACCCCCAAAGGACCCAAAUGCUCCACCAAAGGCUAAGGUGUCCUCUACUGGAAGUGGAAGUGGAAGGCCAAGAGGCCGACCAAAGAAAAUUGCUCGGUCAUCUGCGGUGGCGCCGCCUCCUCCCAGUGCCUCCGCCGCCGCCCCUAGUGGAAGGCCGAGGGGUAGGGGUAGGCCUCCCAAGGUGAAGCCUCAAUUGACUGAAGUGAGUGUUGAAUCAUAGAAUGUUUCUUUUGAUGGGUUGAAGUAGUGAUGUACUCUGUAGAAGUUGGUUUGGUCUUUUUAGAUUUUGUGUUAGUGUAAUUGCUUUGUAAAAUUGUGUAGUUGGUUAGCUGGAUUAUUAUGAGGCUUUGUGGGUUUUUAUUUUAUCUAAUUGUCAAAGAGGACAGUGACUUGAGCUUAUCAUGAUUUGGUUU